GUGGAGUGGAGUGACCCAGUGAAACAAAACAGAGGACACCUGUGAUUUCUCUAAAACUAGUGCUACUACACUAGUUACUAUGAUUGUUACUUAAAAACUAUUAUAUUAUUGCUAUUUUCUUAUACCUAUUGACUUAAUACUACUUAUCUACUAGUUAUUAUUCUUACAUCUACUAGACUAUCGUUUAUGCUUUAAAAAACUAGGACUAAAAUUCUAAAUAUUAUGUUCCUUUGUUUAAACAAAUUAAUUACUACUAUACUUAUACUACUCUAUUUAUCUAUUGACUUAAAUUAUGGUUCUAUUUCAUAUGACUUAUACUUUUGUAUAUAAUAUUCUUUUCAUUUUCUUACUUUAUUAUAAACAGUAUUAUUUUACUUUAACAAUGAGUUAUUAUUAUUAUUUAUACUUAUAUGGCUGUGUUUUAAAAUCUAAGUCGAAUGAAUAUACCGAGAUAUAAAAUUAUAUGGAUGUACGGUAUAAGUAUGUGAAUGCGCGACCGAGCGAAAAUUAUUCUAAGUCCUGAGCACCAAAAUCAAAGGAAAUAAAAUAAAAACGCUUAUAUAGGUUUCGAAUAAGACGUUUAAAAGUUUUAAGAGAUUGAAAGAAUUAUAAAAUGAACAGAAAUACGAGAAAUAUUGGUGAAAUUAAAAUAAACUUUAAUAUUUCAAUCGUUCAUUCUUUCAUUUUCUAUCCGUCCGCCCGGAUUAUCGUCGCUCACACGGCUAAGUUCUCGGGACUUAGUAUUUAUUUAACAGCUUAAACGAAUUCUUUUCUUUUAAAUUCAAUUUUACUUUGGAUAAAAUUAUUUUUACUCGAUUUCCUUUGACUUAUUAACUCGGGACUUAGAAAAUAUUUUACAACAGUAGACUCUCGAUGUCAACAACAGAGGGCGAGGGAAUUUAUUCCCGUUCACCUCUACAACGGGUAGAUAUAGAGAUAAGACCGCGCAUUUAAGCCCGGAAAGGCAACCUAGUUCUCCAGAGAAGUUGUCUGAGAAGACCAUUCACGGACAACUGACGGAAACUCUCGUACCAGGCGUCCGACCGGACCAGAGAUGCAGUCUUCAGCGAAACAAGAAUUCACGAUGGAGGAAGAAAUCUGGCUGAGGGAAGAAAUGCUGCGGCGGCCACCCCAGUUAAUUCUGACACCAACCACCGCGACAACUACCACCACACUCCGAACUACCUCAACAACUGCCCCGACAACAACAGCCACCAACACCCGGAAAAGGCCCGACAUACGGCUUAAAAAGGUCCAAAAAGUGAAGUACCACCUGGUCAAAAAGGUCGAGCCAUACGACCCGACCAAGCCCGGUUUUAAAAGGCCAACCAAAAGGCCCGUAAUUCGGCCAGCCAGCGCCGAAAUAAUAAAACUUGCCAAACCAGUAAAGGCGACCACCAACCCGGGCCCACUGGUAAUCAGCGGUCCCCAGUCAACGGCCGAACUGGUUGGGGAGAGCCCCCAUGGGAAACCCAAUAAUCCCACGAGCACCAACCUCGAUACUGGCCACGUCGGCAGUAAGGAGCAGCCCGACAACGACGACGCCUUUCCCGCUCGAGCCACGGCGAGUUUCCCCAAGAAGAAACGGAGGAUAGGGGGACAGAGAAGGGAAUCGACUGCAACCAACCCGGGCCCACUCAAGAAGAGCAGUCCCCAGUUGGGCAAAUCGAUCCAAGACGCAGACCUAGUGAGCAGGAGCGAGGCCACGACCACGACGAGACCUGGAAGAGAAACGAAAGAAAUUGUCACCAACCCGGGCCCAUUUAAAAAGAACGGUCCCCAGUUGGCAGAACUCAAACCUGGAAAAAAGGUGGCAACCGCCAACCCGGGCCCACUGGUAACCAGCAGUCCCCAGUUCACGGAAGCUACGUGGCUAGACUAUGACGAGGCGCCACUACUAGAAGACUACCCGGAAUAUUUCGACGACCAACCAGGGGACCUGUUCCCGUCCAGACAUCAGACGCGUCUAGAGCAAUUAUUGUUGUCUCUGACACCCCUGGUCGAAGUAAGGCCAAAAGUAGUGGCCAAACGAGUUGCUUUCACCGCCUACGAUGGGGAAUUACGGCUAUUCAAAGUGGUAAGGUAUAGGUGCACCCCGAUACCAAAAGUCGAAACGUUGGACAAGACGGUCCACCAGCUGCUGAACGAGCUGGAAGAAAAGAAAUCAGCAAAGCUGACCUCUUUUCUUUGUUGAGGUAGGAGGGGUGUGAUGGUGGAGUGGAGUGACCCAGUGAAACAAAACAGAGGACACCUGUGAUUUCUCUAAAACUAGUGCUACUACACUAGUUACUAUGAUUGUUACUUAAAAACUAUUAUAUUAUUGCUAUUUUCUUAUACCUAUUGACUUAAUACUACUUAUCUACUAGUUAUUAUUCUUACAUCUACUAGACUAUCGUUUAUGCUUUAAAAAACUAGGACUAAAAUUCUAAAUAUUAUGUUCCUUUGUUUAAACAAAUUAAUUACUACUAUACUUAUACUACUCUAUUUAUCUAUUGACUUAAAUUAUGGUUCUAUUUCAUAUGACUUAUACUUUUGUAUAUAAUAUUCUUUUCAUUUUCUUACUUUAUUAUAAACAGUAUUAUUUUACUUUAACAAUGAGUUAUUAUUAUUAUUUAUACUUAUAUGGCUGUGUUUUAAAAUCUAAGUCGAAUGAAUAUACCGAGAUAUAAAAUUAUAUGGAUGUACGGUAUAAGUAUGUGAAUGCGCGACCGAGCGAAAAUUAUUCUAAGUCCUGAGCACCAAAAUCAAAGGAAAUAAAAUAAAAACGCUUAUAUAGGUUUCGAAUAAGACGUUUAAAAGUUUUAAGAGAUUGAAAGAAUUAUAAAAUGAACAGAAAUACGAGAAAUAUUGGUGAAAUUAAAAUAAACUUUAAUAUUUCAAUCGUUCAUUCUUUCAUUUUCUAUCCGUCCGCCCGGAUUAUCGUCGCUCACACGGCUAAGUUCUCGGGACUUAGUAUUUAUUUAACAGCUUAAACGAAUUCUUUUCUUUUAAAUUCAAUUUUACUUUGGAUAAAAUUAUUUUUACUCGAUUUCCUUUGACUUAUUAACUCGGGACUUAGAAAAUAUUUUACAACAGUAGACUCUCGAUGUCAACAACAGAGGGCGAGGGAAUUUAUUCCCGUUCACCUCUACAACGGGUAGAUAUAGAGAUAAGACCGCGCAUUUAAGCCCGGAAAGGCAACCUAGUUCUCCAGAGAAGUUGUCUGAGAAGACCAUUCACGGACAACUGACGGAAACUCUCGUACCAGGCGUCCGACCGGACCAGGUAAGUGCAGUUUUUCAUUCUCAUGGAGGGUUGAGGGACUCCACCCUGAGGCCUUCUGCCGAGGGGUGGUGGGUAUUUGGGAACCGAGUAGGUGAGGGUCUGUUGGAGACCAUCCACUGAUCCUCAUGGGAUGGGACUUCGUGUAGGGCCGACGGGGUAGUCGACCAGACUCCCCUGAAGCAACCGAGAAUGGGGGUAGACCGCGAUUUUAGACCGCGAAUCUGUUAGGUAUGUGUGUGUGUGUGUGUGUGUGUAUACUUUGUGUGACCGCGUGGAAUUAUUAAUAACCAGCGGCAUUUUUGUUAUUAAACCGCGUUAAAAGUAUGGAUAUUAUUCUAUUGUAAAGGUAGUAGAACUGAGCAUCGGAGCUCAUGUAAAAAAAAGGUUUUGUUUGUUUUCUUAUUUAAAUAAAGUUUGAUUAUUGUUUAUUCGAAAAACUGUGUAUAAAUUAAAGACCCCUUUUGAACCCUGGACUCCGGCGAGCUAAACCAAGCAAAAAGGGGUAACUGUUUAUAAUUAUUUUACAAAUUACUGAUUCAUUUAAGUUCUGAUUUUCCGAUAUGUAAAAUGAUCUGUUCGUAAUUAAUUUGGGUUAUAUUUAAUGUUUGAUGACUAAUUUAAUUUAAAACCGGUUAUAAUUUUACUCGUUACAGGUAUAAGAAUCAGAUAUACCGGCCGGUCAUUUGAAACGCUGUAACUCCGUUAGUUUUACUCGGAUUGAUUUAAAAUUUGUACACAAUAUUCUCGACAUAUUGUUCAUUCAGAAAAAAAAUUAAAAAAAAAAUUUUUUUUAAAUAAUUUAAAAACCCUACCCCCCUUAACGUAGACCCUGAGUUACUUGAUUAAUUUUUCGACUAAGGAUGUUAUCUGGGAAGGGCGUGAAGUUUUGUGAGUGGAGUUUUGUGAACAUGAUUCAAUUCAUACUUCAAAAAUUUUAUUUUUGUCAAUUACUGUGUUUUGAAAUUGGGCAGCCGAGGAGGUAGGGACUCCGCAGCGCGUGUAUACUCAAAGGGUAAAGAAACGGCCUCCCGUGAAACGGAGGUGGACUUCGGUUCCGUUACGUUAAUUUAUUGACAUACAUGAAUUUUCAUUUACUCGAUUAAAUUUCUAAAUAAACCCCAGCUUAAUAAAUUGCCGGGCGUUCCUUUCAUCAGUCAGUCUAAUCUGAAUCUAACAUUUUGAAGUAAAGCUAAGUAGUCCUGCUCCUACCGGCCAAUUUCACCCUAGUCUAAAAUAGUUUUGUUUCAUCCCUUGUCACACAAUAUACUAUUUUAUUACGCGAAGUUAAAAAUAAAAAUGAUUUAAUCCUACAAAUCUGUCAACAGUCGAUUUGGUUCAGCAAUAAAAAAUCUCAAAAUUCUAUUUAUAUCAAUUUUUUUAGUGUUCAGUUCUUAUAAUAUUACAUUCCAAUUUAUAUUAUUUAAUAUUUUUCAGAAAAUACAAAGGAGACUUACAAAGUUUGUCAUAAAAAUUUACGUGGAAUGCAUUUACAUAAAAGUUAAGAUUUUUUUUUUUUAAUGCAA